GCAGGAAAACUUUUUUUGGGGAACUUCGAGACGUCUGUAUCACAUCGGAGCUACGUGAUGCAAAGCAUAAACCUUUAUGCGCCGAGUUAAGUUUUGAAAGGAAACAUUUUUCGUUGAGCUACAAUGGGACUCCCCACUUUGGAGUUCAGUGACUCUUUCCUGGACAGUCCGGACUUCAGAGAGCGUAUCAAAUGCCAUGAAAUAGAGCUGGAGCGGACAAAUAAGUUCAUCAAAGAGCUCAUCAAAGAUGGGAAUAUGCUUAUCACUGCGCUCAAGAAUCUUUCUGCUGCCGUCCAGAAGUUCUCCCAGUCCCUGCAGGAGUUCCAGUUUGAGUGCAUUGGAGAUGCAGAGACUGAUGAUGAGGUGAACAUUGCACAGUCAUUUAAAGAGUUUUCCCAGCUGUUGACCACUGUUGAAGAAGAACGAAGACGUUUGAUUCAGAAUGCAGAUGAUGUGUUGAUUACUCCUUUGGAAAAAUUCCGUAAGGAGCAAAUUGGCGCUGCGAAGGAGGGGAAAAAGAAAUUUGAUAAGGAAACAGAGAAAUACUACUCCACGCUUGAGAGACACCUCAGCUUAUCGUCCAAAAAGAAGGAAACAUAUCUGCAGGAGGCCGACAUGCAGAUUGACAAGGAGAGACAGUUCUUCUACGAUGCGUCCCUUGAGUAUGUUUUCAAAAUACAAGAAGUGCAAGAGAAGAAGAAAUUUGAGUUUGUUGAACCGCUGCUGGCCUUUCUUCAGGGUCUGUUUACAUUCUACCAUGAAGGAUAUGAGCUGGCUCACGAGUUUGAGCCGUACAAACAGCAGCUCCAGUUCAACCUACAGAACACACGAAACAACUUUGUGAGCACUAAGCAGGAAGUGGAGAAGCUGAUGAAGAGGAUAAGGUCUGCAGAUCAGGACUAUAAACCCCCAGGCCAGUGGACGAUGGAAGGCUUCCUGUACGUCCAGGAGAAACGUCCCCUGGGAUGCACUUGGACACGUCACUACUGCACAUAUGAGAAAGGCGGCAAGACCUUCACCAUGAGCAACACUGAAAAUAAAUCCGCCGGGAAACAGAAUGGUCUUGUGGUGAACCAGCCGGAGCUGUUCAAGCUCAAGUCCUGCAUUCGGAGGAAAACUGACUCCAUCGACAAGCGUUUCUGCUUCGAUAUCGAAGUGGUGGAGAGAAAUGACAUCUAUCGUGGAACUCUUUUCAGGCCACUUCAGUUUUUCUGUAAAGUCCGGCAUGGCGUUAUGACACUGCAGGCACUGUCAGAAUCCAACAGAAGAUUGUGGCUGGAGGCCAUGGAUGGCAAAGAGCCGAUUUACAACCUGCCUGCCAUAUUAAGCAAAAAGGAAGAGACAUUUCUUAAUGAGGCAGGCUUUAACUUCGUAAGAAAAUGCAUUGACCUGGUGGAGAUUAGAGGCAUAAAUACGAUGGGGCUGUAUAGAAUUGGAGGGGUCAACUCCAAAGUGCAGAAGCUGAUGACGACAGUCUUUUCAUCAAAGGCACCUGUGGAUAUGGACCUGGAUCCAGAGACGUGGGACAACAAAACUAUCACCAGCGGCCUAAAGAAUUACCUCAGGUGUCUCUGUGAGCCUCUAAUGACCUUCAAGCUACACAAAGACUUUAUCCUGGCUGUCAAGUCCGAUGACCAGAACUAUAGGGUGUGUGCUGUCCAUGCUUUGGUUCAUAAACUGCCUGAGAGGAACAAGGAAAUGCUGGAGCUACUAAUAAAACACCUCGUCACAGUUUCCACCCAAAGCCAGUUCAACCUGAUGACUGUGUCCAACCUGGGUGUCAUCUUUGGGCCCACCCUGAUGCGGUCACAAGAGGAAACUGUGGCCGCCAUGAUGAACAUCAAGUUUCAGAACAUUGUGAUGGAAAUACUUAUUGAGAACUUCAACAAGAUCUUCCACCAGCCUCCGGAUCCCAACGUGCCCCUGCCCCAACCCCAGAGCCGGCCUGGCUCUCGCAGGAGCAGGGCCAUCUGUCUGUCCACGGGGCCCAGGAAGCCCCGCAGCCUCUACACCCCAACACUGUGCCUGGCAGAUGCAGAAAGUCCUUGCAUAGGUGACACUUUCAGCAGCAGUCCAAGCAGCACCCCCAUGGGCAGCAUGGAGUCUUUGUCCUCCCACUCAUCUGAGCAGAACAGCUCCUCCAAAACAGCUUCCUCUGCUCAGGUCAAAGAGAAGUCGCUCCUGGACCUCCGCAGAACGCCAUCACAGCGCUCAAAUGGCCCCAGGAGUGCUGUGUGUGUCAGCAGCCCAGAGUCCAGCUCCAGGGAGGACACGGUGCGUACAGAUGGAGAGUCAGAAGACGCUCUCAGCCUUUCCUCCGUCAGCACCGCACCCAGGCUGUCUCCUGCCCCCAAAAAAGCCCCGCAUUGCCGCAUUGACCUCAAGCCAGCACUGCUGAACCGCUCAGCUGGUCCCUCUCUGAAAUCACUGCUUAUAUCUGAAGGCCACAGGAGCUGCUCUGCAUCCAUGCAAAGUCUGUCAACACUGGAGCCCAACGAGAGUCCGAAGCCCACAGAGCACCCCGACCUUCCUCCAAAACAAAUGAUCCGCUACAGGACGGACACCUCAGUCAUCAACGGCUACCAAAGACCUGGCUCAGUGGUGGCUGCCAGGGCACUGCUUUUUGGAAAUGCCUCUUCCCCACAGUCUGUUCCAGUCGGAAGGGAUGCCAAGGCGAUGUAUUCCUGUGAGGCAGAGCACAGCCACGAGCUUAGUUUCCCCCAGGGGGCGCACUUCUCCAACGUCUACGCCUCUGUUGAACCAGGCUGGCUCCAAGCAACAUACGAGGGGAAAACUGGUUUAAUCCCAGAGAAUUAUGUCGUCUUCCUCUAACAAGCUGGUAAACAUGCCAUCUUUUUCAUGGUAUCCAUGAAAAAACAAAUGUGGCUGAUUGUUGUAAUGUUCCUAUUAUUGCUGGUAACUGACAUUUCUGCAAUUUCUGCAGUCUUAGUAGAUAUCAAGCAGAGCAGUAAUUGCUUUAACAGUGCUAGAAGUGUACCUCUUUUUAAUGUAAUGCUUCAUCAUUGUGAAAUGUUUGGGGAAUCUGCAGAGAUUCAGUAGUUAAGAAGAAAUAGACAUUAUUGUUAGAUACAAAUAUGUUACCCGUCGACUGCACUGAUGUGUUUUAGUCCCAUUAUUAACCUGCAGAAUCACAAAACAAUCACGUCCAAUUUCACCAGUUUUAUUCUCAGAAAUAUAUUAUCUUUUAACUUGUCAGAACAGAACACUUUCCUUUAAUCAAGUUGUUAACGGAAAUCUGUAGUUUGAUAAACAUUUUCUGUUUGCUGUUACUGAACAAACUGUGAUUCAAAAUAAUGCUACUAUUCUAAGCUAUUAGAAUGUAAUAGAAAAAGCAUUAUGGGUUUGCACCUUAACUUUCAUGUUUAUUGCCUGUGAUCAUUGUUCAUCCACUGAACCUGCUCACUGCUGCAGUGCACUUUCUGCAACACGGUACUGUACUGUACAUUAAUGCUCAUGAGUUCUUCUGUAAUUGCUAAUCAAAAAUGUGUACUUGUGUAAGUGUGUGUUACUAUAAAUGAUCACAUCAAAUAUAUGCCUUAUGUAAAAAUUAGUUUUUUUAUACCUUUAAUGCCUCUUGCGGUACUGUACUCACUGGUACACUGGUGUACUAGUAAUGACAACGAUACAUGUAUCAGAUUAUAUUAUGUUAAAGAUACCAUUUAAUAUUUAAUGUUCUAUUACUGUCACAACAUUUCCAAAGUACAAAGUCCACGAUUGUCUAAAAAAUUAACUUCAGUGAUACUAUGUCAGAAAAAAAGAAAAGAUAAAAGAAAGAAAGGAACACUGCACACAAAAUGACUCCAAAGUAAGACUUUCUCUGGUGACAUAAAGCUUUUUGAGAUCCCGUACUUGCCAAGAUCAUGGAUCAUCUUAAAGAAUGUCAAGUGACCUUAAACAUUCAUGCUGGAAUAAUACUUCCUUACAGUCUGAAUUUGCAGGGCAAAUGAUAUUCAUAUGCUAAAUAUGUAACAUGUGGCAUCCUUUUUUAUAUAUGGCAAACUUUAUAUAUGUUUCCUUGCAAUCAUCUUACUGUGUGUUGACGGUGCAUAAACAUGUCUAUCAAUAAACAGCGUGAUUUAUUAGA